UAUCACUAUGAUGGGAAAAAAGUUACCAAGCAUGUCUAUAGUAAAACUUGCUAUAACCUUUCAAAAAAUACGAGUGCUCAAAAUUGUGGGUGUGAGGAAGGCUUAUGUUGUAGCGAACAUGGAUAUUGUGGUAACACUGAUCCAUAUUGUGGCACAGGGUGCAAACAAGGUCCUUGUUAUGCGGGCCAAAUUUCACCUAGUACUCCUGGUCCUAGCAAUGAUGUCAACGUGGCUGACAUUGUUACACAAGAAUUCUUCAAUAGUAUAAUUGAUCAAGCUGAUUCUAGUUGUGCAGGAAAGAACUUCUAUUCAAGAGCUGUUUUUCUUGAUGCCCUCGGUUCUUAUAAUCAGUUUGGUAGGGUUGGUUCUGUAGAUGACUCCAAACGCGAAAUCGCAGCUGCUUUUGCACAUUUCACUCAUGAAACUGGACAUUUUUGCUAUAUAGAAGAGAAGGAUGGUGCAUCAAAGGACUACUGCGAUGAAAGCAACACAGAGUACCCGUGUGCCCCUAACAAAGGAUACUAUGGCCGUGGACCGAUUCAAUUAUCUUGGAACUUUAAUUACGGACCAGCUGGAAAGGACAGUGGUUUUGAUGAAUUGAACUCUCCUGAAACAGUGGCCAAUGAUCCUUUAGUGUCCUUCAAGACAGCAUUAUGGUAUUGGAUGAAUCAUGUGCACAAUGUCAUGAACCAACAAGGCUUUGGUGCAACGGUUAGAGCCAUUAAUGGUCGACUUGAAUGUGACGGUGUUGACCCCAACACAGUUAAGGCUCGUGUUGAUUACUACACUCAAUAUUGUAGUCAACUGGGUGUUGCUCCUGGUGAUAAGCUUAACUGCUAAGCUAGCAAUCCAUACAAUAGAUUUUAUAGUAUUUGAUUUGAUGAUUAUAUAUGUAUUAUGAAUAAAUGAUGUCAUAAUGUAUAGGCAAUUCAUCAAAUCAAAUCAUCAAAUAUGUUAGAUAAUAAAGUAAUGAGCUAUGUUAUUUGCUCUGUUAGUUUAGAGUCAAUUGGGUUUUAUAUAUAUUCUCUAGUAAUCUUUUGUAAUGUUAAGCAAUUGAUAUUCUAUGAAACCAUAACCGUUUUUGU